AUGGACCUUUCCAAGCCCGUUGAUGAUGGGUUUACUCGAGCUCUCCCCAAGAUCGAGGCAAGUCAAGCAAGAGAUCCUUUCCUCUCACGACAGCUCCACGCCCACCUAAGCGGCAGCAUAAGCCGGCAAUGCCUCCACGAGCUCUGGGUCCAGAAGAAAGCCCAAUCCCCAAAGACCUUCACCCUCGAAGACCCCUUGGUCGUGAUGCCCCCGGGCAAAGUGGACUAUUCUCUGCAAACAUUCUUCACCACCUUCUCCACAACAAUCUACCACCUCCUCACCACCCUCUCCGACAUCAGGGCCGCCACGCGCGCCACCCUCGCCGACUUCGCCGCCGACGGCGUCGUCUACUUGGAGCUGCGGACGAUCCCGCGCGCCUCGCCGGCGCAGUCGUUCACGCGGGAGGAGUACCUGACUGCCGUACUGGAGACGAUCGCCGAGUUUAGUACAGGAAAAGGCACGCAAAUGACCACGAACCUCAUCCUCGCCAUCGACCGCGGCACCAUGACCGCCCGCGAGGCGAUGGAGGUCGUCGAGCUGGCUAUCAAGUACCGUCCAGGCAGGGGCGUGGUCGUUGGCCUCGACAUCUGCGGCAACCCCACGAAAGGCAACAUCGCGCUGUACGCGCCCGCCAUCGCCGCCGCCAAGGCUGCCGGCCUGGGCGUGACGGUGCAUUUCGCUGAGAUUUCCGCCAGCAUACACCCACGAAACCAGGAGGAGGAGUUACGGACCCUCCUCAACUUCGAACCGGAUCGUUUGGGCCACGUGAUCCACGUGUCUGAGCCGAUCAAGAAGGAGAUUCAACGGCAGGAAUGUGCGCUGGAGCUGUGUCUGUCGUGUAAUGUGCACGCGGGCAUGGUGGAGGGCGGCUUCGCGGAGCAUCAUUUUGGGGAGUGGUGGGCUGACAAGAAUGGGUGUGUGGUGGUGUUGUGUACGGACGAUGUCGGGUUCUUCUGUAGCCCCGUGUCGAACGAGUACCGGCUCGCGGCGGAGCACUUCCAUCUUUGUCGGGCGGAUGUGUUGAGGCUUUGCAGGCAGUCGUACGGCGCGAUCUUUGGGUCUACGGAAGAGAAACAGCGCCUCCGCCGACUUCUAGAUGACUUUGCGGCGAACUACAAGGAUUGA